UCGGUGGUGACGGCGGCCGCGUGCUGGGGGCAGGGGACAGCGGCGGAUUUGCCUUCCUUCCAGCCCACGAUGCCCAGGGGGGCAGCGGCGGGGCUGCGUGGGGCUCUGCCCGCAGCACUUCGAGGCGGGAUUGAGGGGCUGCAGCUGGCCAGGAGUUGCUGCUAAGUGGCCUGGGCGCAAAGCGUCCGAGAGAGAGGGCACCAGCUGGGACCUGUGUGCUAAGAGCGGGAAUAAGGGGCAGCUGAUCCGAGGAGGCCGGCGUCUUGAGGGCCGAGGACCGCCGAGCGCAGAGCCGCUCUUUGCUGCCCCGAGCCUCGCCGGCAACUCCUCCGCGCUGGAGACCUGGGACCCGCGAGAGCCAGGGAACGGGAGUAGCCUGCCUGCUCUCCUGAAGGUGAAUCGUUCCGUCCAAUUGCCUUUCCCUCGAGAGCCAAAGGGAGGGCGGGAGAGAGGGACGGAGGAUGUGUGAGUGUGUGUGUCUGUGAGAGGGAGAGGCGACGCGAGACGAGAGGAAAAGUCUACUCGGCGUCGAGAGCAAACGGAUCAGAGAUGGAAUAAGAGCUACUUGCUGCAAGACCGCCUCGAUUCUCGCAUUCGGGGGAGCCGAGCGCACCCCACGCACCCGCUGAGGACCGCGGGCGACCGCGGGCGCUGGCCAGGGCUGCGGGGCUCGGGCUUUUGCCUCAGGAAACACGUCUUUUGAUUACUUUGACACCGCGGAAGAAAGAGCCGGGAAGAGAGGCGAGGUUCACGCGCGCCACCUUGCACCCGCUUUCAGGGGGACUCCAGUGUGGAUGUCAAGAGAUUCCUGAGCCCUCUUUGCCAUCGCAGGAGGAAACACGCGCGCGCACACACGCGCGCUCAGGGCCACCCUCACACGCCCUCCACGAGCACACACCACACCAGACGUGGGUUCCCUAUGCCCCUGAACGGCGACGGCGGAUUGGCAUCUUGGAAGCGAUGCAAGAGCGAUAAGGCUGGCGCGGGCCCGCGGAAGCUGCAGGAGCGUCGCUAGGUGUUGCCGCCACCAGGAAGCCGGGCUGCAGGAUGAGUAAGAGAUACUUACAGAAAGCCACAAAAGGAAAGCUGCUCAUAAUAAUAUUUAUUGUGACCUUGUGGGGGAAAGUUGUGUCCAGUGCAAACCAUCAUAAAGCUCACCAUGUUAAAACGGGCACUUGUGAGGUGGUGGCACUCCACAGAUGCUGUAAUAAGAACAAGAUAGAAGAGCGAUCACAGACGGUCAAGUGUUCCUGCUUCCCCGGACAGGUGGCAGGCACCACACGAGCAGCUCCAUCUUGUGUGGAUGCUUCAAUAGUGGAACAGAAAUGGUGGUGCCAUAUGCAGCCAUGUCUUGAGGGAGAGGAAUGUAAAGUUCUUCCGGAUCGGAAAGGAUGGAGCUGUUCCUCUGGGAAUAAAGUGAAAACAACUAGGGUAACCCAUUAACCAAGGAUAAAUCAAUCAAGUGAUCCUCAAGCCUGAUUACAUUCAACAUAUGCACAGAAACUUAAUUCCUGAGGUGAUCUUGAAGGGAGAUUUUUAUACCGCUCACAAGAGGCACUCCAGAGCUAUAUUUCCAAGGGAUUUCAUGGCUCAUAAUCAGCCUCUUCUUGAAACCAAGACUUUAAAAAAGUCUGACAUGAACUUCUAUGCCAUGAAGAUGUCAGAUUUGAACUGUGUUCAACUUGUAAAAUUGCACUUGCUAAAAGAAUUUGAAGUUCCCAUCUGAAGAGUUGGUGUUUCCAGGUGAUGUCAGAGACACUCACCGUUUGGGUUUUUGGCUUCAAAUAUGACUGCUUUUCUUGUUUCUGAAAGUUUGCCAAGUGCACCAGCCUUCUGCCAUGGAUGUGUUCCUGGGUCCGGUCCUGUGUUCACUGGCUAGUGGGAAUGCACCCAGCUUUAUUGAUAUUUCCUUUGCAAACUUCUCCUUUGGCAUGGUGUAGACUGAGACAAUUUUAUUUGUAUCCUAAUCUUGGAGCUCUGAAAGCCUACAUGUUUUAACAUCUUAAAGUUGCUUUUGUUAAAGGAAUGGAAAUAUAUAUCCAUUGAUAAUAAUUAUUGUUGGCAAGUAAUAGUUAUCUGAAUACAUCAAUCAUAUAAGAAUGUAUAGACAAGCUGACAUGUUUCCCCAAGGCUAACAUUCUACUGCAGCUCUCUGUCAGUCAAAUAGGUAAUAGUUAGAACUGAAUUUCCAUUUUCAUUAUAUACUAUUUUAUACUUCUAGAGUACUCUCCCUUUCAGUUUUUUUUUUAAGUGGGCUUUUUCUUUCAUGUUUGUGUUUAUUUUUUUCCUUCACAGAAAUCAGCAGUGAGCAAAUAUGUAGGUAGCCUUCAGUUUCAAAAAAUUGCCAGGGAUGCAUGUGGAUAUCUGAUUUCUUAGCUUGAGUGUUACUCACUUAGAUUUCUUCUAGUAAUUUUUUUUAACUAUACUUUCUAUCAUUUUAAUAGACUGCCCCUUGCUCGCUCCCAAUGACUGUUUGAAUGCUUAUAUAUUUGUUCAGUCUGUUAAUAGAAUUACUCAUUUUCCUUGGUAUCAAAUUUAUAAAUAUUUGCUUAUAGUUGUCCCAUUCAAAUAAUUUCUUAGGUCAGUUUCUGUCCACAUUUUUGUAGUCAUUUUAACAUUUCUGUUUUUCAGUUCUACAGGAAAGUCUUACAAAUAUUUAUAAAGGCCUUAAACAUGUAUGUACUUUUUUCCUAAGUUAUUACAGAAUGUAUAAUUUUAUACUACAUUUGUUUCAUUUGUUAUGUGAAGGAAGAAUUGAAAUCUCAUAGCCAUUCUGUAAUUAGGAUGUAAAGGGAAAGACUUCUUUGCUUAGUCAUCUUAGACUAAUAGGAAGAUACUUCAGAAACUGUCCUAUUAGAAGUUCCAUUAUGUUAGAGAAGAUAUGAACAUCUUUCAUAUUUUUAAAACUCACUGACGUGGCCAACUAGUUAUAUGUUGGCUUCCCUGAUGGGGGCUGAUAUACCUUGGAGAAUUUUGGACUGUUAGUUGGUAACAAAUUUCAAAGACCAAUACAUUUCCCAGAAUGUCUCUGGGCAUAAAAAUUAAAAGUGUAAAAUCUGUUCAAAAUUAAAUUUGUAAAGUACACUUUUGGCACUGAAUCAAAAAGGACACUGCCCCACAAAUCCAUGGAAUGAAAUGACUUCUUCCCUCCCUGUUAAUUAUACAUAAAAUGAAUUAGAUGGUUCUGAGUGGAUUUUACAAUAGUUCAAGACUGUAUGAAAUCAGAAAGAAUGAACAGUUGUGCUGGAGUUUUUGCACCAAUUAUAAUAUCAUUAAUUUCUUUGGAACAGAGUUAGAAAACUAUUUUAUCUUGGAAAUUAUUAAUUCAUCCUAGGUUUGUUUGAAAUUGUAGAUCAUGCUUCUCGUUUUUUUUUAAAUGCGUCCUUUAAAACAACACUGGAAAUUCUGUAUUAUAUACAAGUGUGACACAUGCAUAUCAAUAGAAAAAAAUAAAUGGAAUUUCAAUUAUACUAACUAGAUUAUCCCCCAUAGAUUAAUGUUGUGACUAUUCAGAAAAGGUAAAUAAAAUUGGGAUAUAAAAUGGA